AGGAACCGAGAGGGGUAGGAAAACGAAGGCAGCAGAGGGAGGGAUCAGAAAGGUCCGGAGAAAAAGUUUGAAAAAAAAAAAAAGAAGGGAACUUCAGCAGCCGGUUCGACGGAAAAGAAACGGGGAAUCGAUCCGAACAGUGUGGAUUUUUAUUGCUGGUCAGGAAUUACUGGGUGCCUGCCUGCUACCGUGUAUAAGUGGUCUUCCGGAUUAGAUGAGUUUGAGCUCGCGAUGAGGAGCGAGCCCGUUUUGUUCGCUUCCAACAGGGCGAUGCAGGAACUGGUGACUGAGCUUCGCCUGUUCCUAGACCUGCUGGACCGAGAGUAUCUGAGUGCUGGGGUCCGAGAGAAGAAGGUGCACCUCUCAAACAUCCUGCACCGUGUCCUUUCAGACAAAGAACCUAGGUCUGAGAUCCACAGUGGUCUGCCAGCCCCUCCUCAGAUGCCCCUCCCAGAGAUUCCCCAUCCCUGGCUGGCUCCAAACGGCAACCCUCCUCCUCUGCCCAGCUCCUCUCUUCCAGAAGGUUACUAUGAGGAAGCAGUUCCUUUAAGUCCUGGAAAGGCUCCUGAGUACAUUACCUCCAACUAUGAUUCAGAUGCCAUGAGCAGUUCCUAUGAAUCGUACGAUGAAGAAGAGGAAGAUGGGAAGUGUCAGAAAAUGCAUCACCAGUGGCCAUCUGAAGAGGCGUCCAUGGAUCUAGUGAAAGAUGCUCGCAUCUGCGCUUUUCUGCUGCGCAAGAAACGCUUUGGCCAAUGGACCAAACUUCUGUGUGUCAUUAAAGACAACAAACUACUGUGCUAUAAAUCUUCUAAAGACCAGACCCCACAGAUGGAACUCACUCUGUCAGGAUGCAGCAUCAUGCACAUCCCCAAAGAUGGAAAGAAGAAGAAGCACGAACUGAAGAUUGUCCACCAGGGUGCAGACGCCCUAGUGCUGGCAGUACACAGCAAAGAACAAGCCGAGGAGUGGCUCAAGGUGAUGAGGGAGGUGUGUGUUAAUGGGAGUGCAGACAUGGAUGGGGGUGCGUCUGGACUACCUGUCCUCAAAACAGAACUGGAAAAGAGAAGCUCAGACACCGAUGCCACCCACGAGAACGGACAUAGUGACAGCAAAGACCAAGGAAAAGCAAAGAAAAACUCCAAACCAGAGCAGAAGACUGGGACUGUUGGGAAGGGAGCCGGCAAGAAGAUCACCAAGAUCAUCAGCCUGGGGAAGAAGAAGCCAUCCACAGAUGAUCAGACUUCAUCUGCAGAGGAAGAUGUUCCCACCUGUGGGUACCUGAACGUGCUGUCUAAUAACCGAUGGCGGGAGCGCUGGUGCCGCCUGAAAGACAACCAGCUGCUACUCCACAAGGACCGUGAGGACCUGAAGAACCACAUCGCCUCGCUACCCCUACGAGGCUGCGAGGUCAGCCCUGGCCUUGAUCACAAACACCUGUUCGCUUUCCGCCUGCUUCGCAAUGGCCAGGAGGUGGCGGUGCUGGAGGCUUCCUCCUCUGAGGAGAUGGGGCGCUGGUUGGGGGUGUUAUUGGCUGAGACUGGCUCCAACACCGACCCAGCCACCCUGCACUAUGACUAUAUUGAUGUGGAGACCACCGCCAACGUCAUCCAGCUGGCCAAGCAGUCCUUUUGUUUCACCAGUAAGCGUGCUGUCUCUCCUAGCCCAUACCUGGACAACCAUGUCAAUGGCUAUGCCCGCCCCUCUGGUAUGGCGCUGCACUAUGACGAUGUGGCCAUAAAUGGAAUGUUCAAAGGAAAGAAGGAAGUGAGUAGCAAUGGAGUGGCGUCCAAACAGAAACCAGAGCCAAAGAGUCAGGCCAAGAAGAAUGGAGCCAGUGGAACGAAUGGGACAUCAUCUGUGAAACGCAACAACUCCAAUGCAGAGCAGUGCAAGUAUGGCAAGAACCGUGUUGAGGCUGAUGCCAAACGACUGCUGGCCAAAGAAGUGGAGCUGAUGAAGAAGAAGCACGAGAUCAGGAACCAUCUGACACAGCUGAAGAAGGAGAGGAGAGACCUGCGUGCUGCUUUGGAGGCUGCUGCAGGCAAACGUUUACAGGCUUCACUGUUGGAGCACCUGAAGAAGGUGGAAGAUAAAUGCAAGCUGAAGGAAGACGAGCGAGUGAACCUUGAGCUAGAGGUAACUGAGGUCAAGGAGAGUCUGAAGAAAGCUCUGAGUGGAGGUGUAACCCUGGGUCUUGCCAUCGAACUCAAAGCUGCCUCCUCGGGCCCACAGUCCUCAGUCAUGCUGCAGCGAACACAGGAGUCCACUUCCUUCUCCAGCUGCGACACCAACGACACAGAGUCCUAUACACUGCCAGUCAAUAGUGCGUCACUGCUGCAGCAGCAGCAGAUCUGCCAGAAGCCCUCCCCGGUCAGAGGACAUGUCCUCAGGAAGGCUAAGGAAUGGGAGCAGAAAAGCAGCACAUAAACCACUGAAGUCAUCUCACCGGCCUUAUUUUCACUCCUUUCUGCUGCAGAAAUUGUGUAUAUAUUUAUUUUAAACUGCUCAUACAGUCAGAGUGUGCACAAAAAGACACAGGCAUAACACUAUCACCAGCUAAGACAAGAGGCUAGGUUUCAAAUACUGUACAUAUAUAUACAGGGAUUGGACAAUGAAACUGAAACACCUGUCAUUUUAGUGUGGGAGGUUUCAUGGCUAAAUUGGACCAGCCUGGUAGCCAGUCUUCAUUGAUUGCACAUUGCACCA